AUGUCCGGACACGCCAUGGAUCAGCACAGAGCAUGGAGCCAGUCUGCUUUGCACCACGGGGAGCCAAGCCAGGAAGAUGACUUGAAUGGCAUGGUCGACAAAAUGCUCGAAUCCACAAGAGACCGCCGAGAGGCCAGACGCACCAGUCUUGGGAGUCAGCACCAUACUCGCAGAGCCGACACCGAAGAGAGAGUCGACAAGUCUUUUGACGACCACGGGAUGCAGGCUCUCCAGCUUCGCAAUGCUCAGACUGCACGUUUGAUUGAGCUCUUGAGGCGGCAGGAUGAGAUUGAGCACUGCAUGGCCGCCAGCGUCAAGCUACUCGAACGAGCCUUCUUAUCGCAGUCGGUAGAGCUGAGGACCGCACUGGGGAGUCGGAUGGCUGAGCUGCAGUGA